UGAUAUUUAACUUCACCGCUCUUCUUCUUCAUCCAUCUCUCUCUCUCCUCUGCAACACCAUCAAUGGGUUCUACAGGAAACCCUAACCCAUGGGAUCAAUACGAUUCAUACCGAGACUGCUCACAAGGAGUAUGCAGCGUCUACUGCCCUCAAUGGUGUUACAUCAUCUUCCCUCCUCCUCCUUCCUUCUUACUCGACGACGAAGACUCCUCCUCCUCCUCCACCUCCGACUUCUCCCCUCUCCUCAUCGCCCUCAUCGGAAUCCUCGCUAGCGCCUUCAUCCUCGUCACUUACUACACACUCACCUCCAAGUACUGCCGCCGCUCCUCCACAGCCUCGGGAGCUACCAUCUCUUCCUCCGCCGUCGUCACCGACACGUGGCAGAGAAGCAACGGAGCUUCGAAUCCGAUUGGACUCGAUGAGACUCUGAUUAAAUCGAUAACGGUUUAUAAAUACAGGAAGGGAGAUGGAUUCGUGGAGUCUUCGGAUUGCUCCGUGUGCUUGAGCGAGUUUCAGGAGGAGGAGAGUUUGAGAUUGCUGCCUAAGUGCCGCCACGCGUUUCACGUCGCGUGUAUUGAUACUUGGUUGAAGUCUCACUCUAACUGUCCUCUAUGCCGCGCGGAGAUCAGCGUAACCGUCACUAACGCCGUUGAAUCCGUCGCGGUAUCUGAUCAACCGAUCGUAACGGAGUCUGAUUCGGUUUCGGUUGAUUCCGUCGUCGUUAACUUAGAUCUGGAAAAUAGAUCUCGGAGCGAGACGGUUGUUGCUGACGUGGACGGUGGAAGGACGCCGAAGACACCGGAGCUGCAAGGAUCUAGAUACGGAGAUCGGAACUCAGGCGACGUGGUCUUGAUCGCGGAUAUACUCCGGGAGAUCGAAGAGGAUGGAGACUCGGCGGGUGUGGGGACUUCUCGGCGGGUAGAAGAUGGGGAAGGAGAGAAGACGCCUCCGCCGCCGUCAGAUUCGGCGGCGAAUCCAACAGCUGGAGUAGUUUCGAAUUUUCUGGCGCGGAGUUACGGCAAAGCAAAGAAUUACCGUUUACCCAGUUGAAAAGAAUGAUUUAAGAUUUAGGAAAUUUGAAAUUACUGAAAAGUCAAAAUGCGAAUUGGCUUUUACUGUGUUGGUUAGUUAGACAAUUUAUACGGUUGGUAAUCUUUUACCGGUAAAACCAUUUUACCCUUUAUAUGUAAAACUCUUGAUGGGCUUUUAUUAUAGUUUCUAGCCCACUUUGGUGACUUGAGGCAUUCGUGUUGCAAAACGUUUAACGGGCUUAAGAAGA